UAUGAACGGUUAAUAUGCUAGAAUAAAGCAAAUAGAGCAAAUAACACCAUAUGGCGAGAUUGUCACUCUGACGAACAUACUGGAAUGCGUUUUGCUUCAUGUCUCUGCAGUACGACUGCUGGGGUUUAGCCGUUUCUGCUAAGUGUUAGCCAACAGUGAUAAGCUGUCAAACCACUCCCGAGUUAGUAAUUCAGAACCGGACAUUUUCCAAGAUAAAGUUAAACUAACAACGUCGAAAUGUUGCGUAACUGAUAUAUUUACACAAACAGUCGAUAUGCUGUCACUGCAUAUACGAUAGCUCUAUCUUUGUUGUUUAUUUGCUGGGGUUAUUAGUAGUUUAUUACAAGACUGUCUGGCUAACGAGCUAAUGUGGAGCUACGGUGGAUGUUAUCUCAUGGAGGAAUUGUACGUUUGACAGUAAAGAGAAUAUACCCGUGGGCAAGAACAGAGCAGAAAAAAUACUCACUCUUCAUAAUGGGGAACAGCUGCAAUCAUCUUAGGAUCCCUCCAGGCAAAGGUCCCAACUCUGUGGGAUGCACCGACUUCAUGAUGGACCACACUGCUCAGGGAAGCUUCUUCCGUCUGUACUAUCCUUGCCAGGAGCUGGAGGGAGCAGAAAAAACAGACUGGAUCCCAUCUAUGGAGUAUUUUCAUGGCCUGGCCAUCUUCAUGAAAAUGAACAGGGUUUUCAGUGAACGGAUUUUCAACAGCCUUUAUGGCUCCUUUAAGGCUCCCGCUCUUCUUGAUGCUCCAUUUAAAUGCGAUGAAAAGUGUCCUGUGAUCGUCUUCUCUCAUGGCCUGGGUGCCUUCAGGACUCUGUAUUCAGCUAUAUGUUCAGAACUGGCCUCUCAAGGUUUCAUCGUGGCAUCUGUGGAACACAGAGAUCAGUCAGCGUCGGCCACGUUUUAUUUCAAGACAGAGUCAGAGGGAGAAGCUGAGAACCAGGCUGAGGGAUCGGCCUCGGACCGAGAGCACUUGGUGAAGGAGUGGAUGUACUACGAACCUCUGCAGCACGGAGUAGACGAGUUCAAGCUGAGAAACAAUCAGGUGAAACAGAGAGCAGAUGAAUGCAUCUUGGCUCUGGAAAAACUUACUGAAAUUAACUCAGGAAUAGAAGUACAGAAUGUUCUACCAACUCAGUUUGACUGGGCUUCACUGAAGAACUCCAUGGAUCUGUGUAAAACAGCAAUCAUAGGACAUUCCUUUGGAGGAGCGACUGUGAUCGAAACUCUGUGCAAAGAGGUUAAAUUCAAGUGUGGUGUGGCCCUGGACACCUGGAUGUUUCCUCUAGACAAACAGAUAUUUCCUCAGGUGAAGCAGCCGAUUUUCUUCAUCAAUUCAGAGACGUUUCAGUCGGGCGAGAACCUCAGCAUUAUGCAGAAGCUGGACUCGGCCGUCAUCCCCAGGAAAAUGAUCACAAUCAAAGGCGCAGUCCACCAGAGUUUCCCAGACUUCACCUUCCUGACUGGUAGCUGGAUUGGCAAACUGAUGAAGCUGAAGGGUGACAUCGACCCAGAUGUUGCCAUAGACCUGUCCAACAGAGCAACACUAGCCUUUCUGCAGCGCCAUCUUGGUCUGGAGAAGAACUUUAAUCAGUGGGACCAUCUGAUAAAUGGGGAAGACAAGGACCUGAUUCCAGGAACUAAUACCACUUUUCUUCAGUCUUCCAUCUGAACUGACAUAUGGUGUCUUACUUGCAGCAUGACAUUAUUGUCUAUGAAGUUGAGGGACACAGGAAUGAGCUUAAAAUGUGAUUGGUUUAUGAUUGUUGAGAUUUCUAUUUUUUAAUGACAUGCAGCAGACAUUUUGAAACAUCCGUUCAAAAGAGCUUAUCCGAAGGGCAAGUCAACACUACAAGGCUGCAGGAGAGUGCACUACUAUUUCCAUUGCUUUUUUUUUUUUUACUCUUACUAUAGGUAACCAUAAAUGAAUAAUAAAUCUGGUUUGUAUAUUGUCAUCUCAAA